UGUCCAUUCACAGACUCACUGGCUUGUAGUCUUUGGAUGGACUAAAAGCUGCAAAUGAACACUUAAAUCAGUCCACAUUGUUGAGUAAAAGUUACAGAAAAGCUCUGCUCUGUAGGUCAGGAGACCCUCAUAGCCAGACUACAAGUGUAUUUGACUUCCUGGGGGUAGGUUUCCCUCGAUUACUCCAUCACAGACUGACGGAAAAUCCUUGCUCCUGACUGCUGUUGGCGGUCCAGUAAAGAGAGAUUCAGAUCGCAUGUAACAGGCUGCAGCCAACGACUCAUUUUUUCCGACGACUUCAGGCACCAGAGGAGCGUCGCAGCACUCACACACUGCUUCGUCGCCGGGCUUUCUUUGCAAGCCAGUUUGGAGAUGGUCCAGGGGGCAGUCAACAGGGCCGUGCUGUGCCUGUCCUGCUCCCUCCUGUUGGGGGUCUGCUUCCCGGCAGACGGUGCAGGGGCAGCAGGGCCUUUUCCUACUUUCCCCCCUGAGCAACAGUCUGGGGAACCGGACCUUGAUUUGGAGUGGGGCUCUGGAUCAUCUCUUCUGCACCUGCUCAAUACCUUCCCUGCUGACAGCCCCUUUAUAACAGAGACCCCAGGGAAACCAGUCAACUGCACCCAGCGCUUCUGGUUACCGCCAUCCUCUGCAAUCUGCUGGGAAAACAUAGUCGGCCCCGAAGAGUUUGCCAAAUCCCGUCUGCUUGUUCUCCAGAACAGAGCUGCACUGCAGGCCGUGUCCACCUCCAGCGGAGUGGAGGAAGGAGGGUUCUCCUACGAAGACCUAGCCAAAGAGGAGGUGCAGGGCAUCCACUCAGACCACCAGAGUGCGGUGGAAACUAUGCAGACCAUGGAGAAGGUGUUUGUCUCUCUGGAGGAGAAGAGGAAAGAGGGGAAAGAGCAUGGCGUCCUCACGAGCAUGAAGGAGCAUCUUGCCAACACGAGGGACGCCAUAGAUUUAAGAGAGAACAUGGCAAACAUCCUGGAGAACCAUUUUUCUACUUUAGAGAAGACUCUGCUUAACAUGCAGCUUCGACUCCACCAACUCAUCCAACAGUGACAAGGACCCAUUGCCUCUUUUCCCUCCCUUAUUUUAACUGUAUUUAUAUAUCCAUGUAUUGUACGACAAUGUAGCAAAUGCAUGCAUGCUCAGGAUUAUGUUAGUACCUUAUGCACCUUAUGUGAUCAAAACGACAACCAAAGUAACACAUGUAACCUGGAAUCAGAAGAGAUAAAUAAACCUCACAUUAUCAGGGAGAUGUGAUGAGCAUGUAGCUGUUUUAGAUUUCUGUUUUGCACACCUGUGUUCCAUGUGGAGAUUUUAUGAGUCACACUAACAGCCUCUUGUAAAACCACGAGACAAUCGUGAAGCUUGGAGCAAAGGCGACGUUUCAACAUUCAUGAAAAGCAUUUUCAUGCGUCUACAUGUAAAACACAUGUGACGCAACAUGAAUAUCAGGCAGCAUGGAUCUUUAUUUAAAUAUCAAAUCUAAACAAUUAAUUUGCAAAUCCAUAAGGAAGAUGGUUUAUAAGCUGCACAACUGUUAUAUACACCUUAAACAGUCACAUCUGUUAGGCUGAGUGUGAAUUUUCAUUUGGAGACGCAACAUGUUCAGCUGCUUCGUAGUUAAGCUACCAUAGAGAGGUAUUUGCACUUGUGAUUAGUUCAAACAACUUUCAAGUAUUUAUGAUAAACUAUUCACGACCAACAUGACAAUAUCUAGAAAAUACCAUGUGUAACUCAGUAACAGCACAUUUGACGUUCAAAUCAACGUUUGACAGCUUAUCUAAAAUAAAGUUUUCAUCCAAUCGUAUUUUAAAGCAAUAAUUACUCUGGAGCUGAGACAUCUGUGCCACAGCUGUGUGGAAUAGAUUCCCACUGCGUCUUGGUCCGUUACAUUUACUGAGCUCACACAGGCCCGCGAGAUAUUAAGAAAAAACUAUUCUCUCCUCCUGAUAACUGUGCUCGGAAAACAAGCAUGAACUUCUUAAGACACUGCUACCAGAAAAAAUGAAAGAUAGUCUAUGAAUACGGGCUAAAUGCUAAAUUGUUCUGACAUUCUGACAUCUACUAUUUAAUUGCAUCAUUUAUAAGGAACAACAGUACUUCAGCCUACACAAAAAUAUUGUCUUUGUAGAGGUGAUCAGUUCUUUAGAAAACUUGAGGGUUGGUGGCAUUAUGAUUCAUCUGAGGCUGUCUUAUUCAGGCUAUUACAAAUUUCGAUUUCUAACAUCCAGUAUUUACCUUAAUAUAUGGUACAACUUCCUCUAAGUGUCUCUGUGUUUGAGAUGUGAUUUCACAUUUUACCUACGUGGCUUUACUCUCAACAAUGUCCACUAAUGUCUUCCAUGAGACCUACAGCUGAACUCAGUGUAUCUAAAAUAAAAGGAGAAAGUUCAAGGGGUGUCCCUUUAUCCAGUCAUUUUGCUCUCAGUGAAUGGAGUGUACAUUUGUUAACAUCUGUCCAGAUGUGAAAUGCAGCCAGUGUCCUUUUUUUAAA